AUGCCUACUUUUAAUAAUUUAGGACUGUUGAAAGUUAAUGACAAUACCGCAAUACAAUUACCCAAAGCCCAACUCAAUGAAUCAAAGAAAGAAACCAUACAUAAUUCAAAAUGCACUCCAAGCUACUUUCGAUCAGCUUUCUACUGCACCAAGACCGACUCGAGUACAGGUGACACCUCAUUAGCUACCUGUACCUCGUUGAUUAGAGCUAUUGCAUGUAUGCAACAAUUCAGCAUGUGCCAGACCUUACAAUCGAUUUCAAUAUCAAUAUCAAAAUUAUGUUUUAAACAUUCUCAUUGA